UUAGAUUGAGGUUUUGUAUGAUGUGGAUUCCUGCGUGGAAGUUUCAAUUUUAAAAUUAAUUUCUAGCGAUAUUUCAUCAUGUUACUAAAUGUUGAUAGGAUUCCUGAAAAUAUAAAUUUCCCGAGAGAAGAAGAACAAGUUUUAGCAUUUUGGGAAAAGAUAGAUGCUUUCCAGACUUGUUUAAAGCAAUCAAAGAAUAAACCCAGAUAUUCUUUCUAUGAUGGACCACCAUUUGCAACCGGGCUGCCCCAUUAUGGUCACAUCUUAGCUGGAACCAUCAAAGAUGUAGUUACAAGAUAUGCCCAUCAAAAGGGUUUUCAUGUUGAAAGGAGAUUUGGUUGGGAUUGUCAUGGUCUGCCUGUUGAAUUUGAAAUUGAUAAAAAUUUAGGAAUAAAAGGUCCAGAAGAUGUAGCAAAAAUGGGUAUAGACAAAUAUAAUGCAGAGUGUCGAAAAAUUGUAAUGAAGUAUGCAGAUGAGUGGGAGACGAUUAUUACACGCAUGGGUAGAUGGAUAGAUUUUAAAAAUGAUUAUAAAACAUUAUAUCCAUGGUUUAUGGAAUCUGUGUGGUGGGUAUUCAAAGAACUCUACAAUAAAGGUUUGGUGUACCAAGGAGUUAAGGUGAUGCCAUAUUCUACUACAUGUUCAACACCUCUAUCCAAUUUUGAAGCUGGACAAAACUAUAAGGAUGUUGUAGAUCCAGCUGUAGUUAUUUCAUUCCCCACUGCAGAUGGAUUUUCACUUCUUGCUUGGACCACCACACCUUGGACUCUCCCUAGUAAUUUAGCUCUAUGUGUUAAUCCCAAAUUAAACUACAUCAAAGUAAAAGAAAAGGCAACAGGGACUUGCUAUGUCUUACAAGAAGAUAGAUUUCCUACUAUCUUCAAAAAUAUUGAAGAUUUUGAAGUGCUUGAUAAAUUCUUAGGUGAAAAAUUAAAAGGAUUAAAAUACACCCCAAUUUUUGAUUACUUUGUGGAACUAUGUCCCAAUGGUUAUCAAGUUUUAACUGAUGGGUAUGUUACUAAUGAUUCAGGUACAGGUGUUGUACAUCAGGCACCAUAUUUCGGUGAAGAUGAUUACAGAGUUUGUUUAGCUGCAGGUAUUGUUACACGAGACCAAGAUAUAAUUUGCCCUGUUGAUGCAAGUGGUAGAUUUGUUGCACCUGUAAAAGAUUUUGAAGGUCAAUAUGUGAAAGAUGCAGAUAAAAAUAUUAUUGCAAACAUAAAAGCACGAAACAGACUUAUACAAGCUGGACAAGUGAAACAUAGUUACCCGUAUUGUUGGCGUUCAGAGACCCCACUUAUUUACAAAGCGGUGCCUUCUUGGUUUGUAAGAGUUGAACAAAUGAGUCAAGAUCUUCUAAAAUCUAGUGAAGAAACCUAUUGGGUCCCUGAAUAUGUUAAAGAAAAACGGUUCGGCAAUUGGCUGAAAGAAGCUAGAGACUGGGCCAUAAGUAGGAAUAGAUAUUGGGGAACACCUAUCCCCCUAUGGAUUUCUGCUGAUAAACAAGAAGUAGUUUGUGUAGGUAGCAUUGCAGAACUCAGUGCUUUGACUGGUAAAGAAAUUACAGACCUUCAUAGAGAAAGUAUAGAUCAUCUUGAAAUUCCAUCAGCAAGACCUGGCCAGCCACCUCUUAGGAGAGUGGCAGAGGUUUUUGACUGUUGGUUUGAGUCAGGUUCUAUGCCUUAUGCACAGUGUCACUAUCCAUUUGAAAAUAAAAAAGAGUUUGAUGACAUUUUCCCAGCAAAUUUCAUUGCUGAAGGCAUAGAUCAAACAAGGGGAUGGUUUUAUACUCUGAUUGUACUGUCCACUGCUUUAUUUAAUAAACCACCCUUCAAGAAUUUGAUUGCUAAUGGCUUGAUCUUGGCAUCUGAUGGGCAAAAAAUGUCAAAGAGAAAGAAAAACUAUCCAGAUCCCUUGGAAGUUGUAACAAAGUAUGGUGCAGAUGCGUUGAGACUUUAUCUUGUUAAUUCUCCAGUUGUAAAAGCUGAGAAUCUGCGUUUCAAAGAAGAAGGUGUUAGAGAUGUCAUUAAGGAUGUAUUCUUGCCAUGGUACAAUGCAUUUAGAUUUUUAAUGCAAAAUGUUGAACGGAUUGUUCAAGAAGAUAAAGUGAACUAUAGAUUUAAUGAAAGUGCUGUAAGAGAAAAUGUAAUGGAUAAAUGGAUAACGUCAUUUACACAAUCUUUGAUCCAAUUUGUAAUGGUAGAAAUGGCAGCCUAUAGGCUGUAUACUGUUGUACCAAGACUGACAAAAUUUAUUGAUCACCUUACCAACUGGUAUGUCAGAAUGAAUAGAAAGAGAUUAAAGGGUGAGAAUGGGAUUAAAGAUUGUCAGGUGGCAUUGGAUACAUUAUUUGGCGUUCUAUUUGAUAUGGCCAGAGUUAUGGCUCCGUUUACUCCAUUCUUGACAGAACUAAUGUACAAGACUUUACGCCAACUUUUACCUGGGAGCUCCAUGGAAAGUGUUCAUUUUAACAUGAUCCCUGAGCCAAAGCUAAAUUUAGUAGAUACAAAUAUCGAAAGAGCAGUUCAAAGAAUGCAAUCUGUGAUUGAACUUGGGCGAGUUUUAAGGGACAGAAAAACGAUCCCUGUUAAAUAUCCACUUCCUGAAAUGGUGGUUAUACACCAGAACCAAACAUACUUGGACGAUAUCAACUCACUAUUGAAUUAUGUUUUAGAAGAAAUUAAUAUAAGGAAAGUGGUACUUUCGAGUGAUAAAGAAAAGUAUGGUAUAACACUAAGAGUAGAGCCGGAUCAUAAAAUACUUGGAGGUCGAUUGAAAGGAGAUUUUAAAGCUGUAACACAAGCUUUAAAAGACCUUAACAAUGAGCAAUGUGAACAAUUUAUUUCCGCCGGUUUCGUGGAACUGAUUGGCCAGCGAGUUGAAAUUUCUGAAGUAAGAGUUAUAUACCAAGCUCAAGGUAACGAUCAGUAUGAAGCUCAUAGCGAUAAUGAUGUUUUGAUCUUGCUAAACGUUACGCCCGAUCAGAGUAUGCUUGAUGAGGGGUUUGCUAGAGAAAUUAUAAACAGGUUACAAAAACUCAGAAAGAAGGCGCAUUUGGUGCCAACUGAUGAGGUUGAUGUAUAUUUCUUAGUCAACAAAGAAAGUGAUAUUUUACGUAUUAUAAACUCACAUCGCGAUCUCAUCGAAAGCACUGUUAAGGCGCCAUUAAGACCGAUCGAUGAAUUGUCGCCCUCAAAACAACAUAUUAUACAGGAAACUCAGGACCUGAAAGGUUCACAGCUAAAGUUAGUUAUUACAUGGAGAAAAGAUGUAGAGAUCCCUCUGAAUCCAUGGGCUAAUAUAGUAUUACAAGAUAUUACACCACGGUUCGGAGUAAAUACGAACAAAGCAAGCAUCAUCCUUAAAAGCAAAGACAAGUAUAUAAACCUGGACAGUUUGUAUAGGGAGGUACAGGUUUUAUUUGGCCUUUAUGGAAUGAAGUUUACCCUGUGGUGUGAUGGGGUUGAAUUAAAAAAUACUGUUGAUUUAAAUGCUAAGAACAUUGUUGUUUCACCCGCAAAACCCAAAGAUUUAGAGGUAUUACAAAACAGACCAUUUUGCAAGUUCAUAAAUAUUGCCAAUGGUUCAAAGACUGCAACACUUUUUGUAGAAAAUCCACUAGGCAUUAGAACACUGAAUAAGGAAAAGGCUGUUCAGUUCGUAACGGAUAACUUAGGAAUGAAACUGACUGAUGAGGAUAUGAAGAUCUUUAACUAAACAAUUUGUUGAUUAAAUACUUUCACAAUUACAGGUCUAAAUCUAAACAAUUCAGUUUAUGUUUAUGUCGCGUUCUAAAAAUUUCAAAAAUAAUUUAUCUGCUGGUUUGUAGUUUUAUUGAUGAGUUUAAAGUUCAAAGGUUUUACUAGAAAAUGUCCAUUGUUUUAUACCAACAAUGUAUUGUCUUAGCUUGAAAUUCACUUUCACUAGUCAAAAUCCAUGUGACUAUUAUAAGUAUACUAUACACUGUAUUCUAAAAUAUUCUUUGUGGACUGUUUGACUUAUUAUAAUAAAUUAUGUUUUGCAUA